UUGAUGUUGAUGUACUAACAUCAACUCCAUCCUAUCCCAGGUAUAAAGUUCAAAAGUGAAUAUUUAUCUAAUUUUUAUCAUAUUGUUGUAUCUGGUGAUAAAACGGGGUGGUAUGUGAGGAUAUAACCGUUCCCUUAAACUAGGAUCUGACAUAAACAUGAGCUAUACAGAGAUAACCAUGAUUUCUGAAAGUAAAGAAAUAGAAAGUAUCGAUGGAGCGGUUGAACAGAGAAUAUAUGUAAAUGACAGACCAAGACUUGCAAACGUUAGUAACAAUCAGCAUAUUGACAAUAGAAGUUUACCAGGGUUACAAGAGUUUCAUAAGAAGUCGUCUGCAGCUGACCUUAGAUCCCCAUCACCGUGUCCGGGAAGUAGAGCAUCGUCGGCAGAUAGCAUGCCUGUAUCAAGUCAAAGUGCGGUCCAGUUAAAAGAUGAUAUUAUUAAAGAAAUUCAGACAGAAGUUAUGAAACCAAUCCAAGUCAUGUAUUCAAAUAUCCUCGAAGAAAUACGAACUUUGAAACUUAGAAGUGAGAUUGUCAGAGCAGAUGUGUCGUGUCAGACUGACUUUCCAGGUAAUAAACAGUUGUCGGCUGCCUGCAACACGAAUUCAGUUGCAUUGGGUGGACCACACAGUCUAUCUGGUUCGGAAACUCCAGAUUUCACCGCUGAAGACGUUGAAAAUGACAUGUCAACUACAACUACGGUUGAUAAGAAGCCAGUUCCAUUAUUAAGGAAAGAUGAUUACAACAAUCGCAAGACAUCUACUUUGCCAAGAACAACUCAAACUUCAAAUAAAUUCCGAAGUAACUCAUCCAAGACAAGGGGACAAAUCGUACAAGUUAGGCCUAGACCAAAAUCCGAGGUGAAUCCAACAAUAGUUAAUACAGUCGAUAAAAGAGAAAGUCUUGCAAACGCUCUACAGUUUCAUAUUGAGGACAUUGUUGAUGGGCUAGCUUUUAAUGAGAGCGAUCUUCUUGACUGCCUUGUAAGGGAACGGUAUCUGACAGAGGACGAAUACACAUUGGUUAAAAAAAUGAGUGUCAGGAAAGACCAAAUUAGAGCUCUUGUAAGCACCAUCAAAGGACGUGAUCUACACGUUUUGGAAGGAUUCGUGAAACACAUCAAACAACGUAUUCCAGCAGUCGCUGAAAAGUUUGAAUGCAAUAUGGGUAACGGUGCGAAUGGAAAUACUUGCGGCCUUUGUAAAUUAAAGACACAGUUCAAUGUUAAACAUGUGGUUGAUAGUUUGUGGUCGAUACAAGUUAUAGAUGAUGGCAUUUACAAUCAAAUAAUUUCUUCUGUUGCAACUGUAGGAGCACAAAGUACAUUAUGGGUGGACAUAUUUAAUUCUCUGAACAGUCUUAAUCCCGAAAAUGCUAAAUUGGCUCACGCAAAAUUGUUGAAGGCAGUCUCAGAAGAUCACAUGCUUAUGCAUUUAGAAAAAGAUAUAAAAGAACUGCUGAUCAAGAAUAAUGGAAAGCUGAUUUGCUCGUGUGAACCGAAAUUCAAUUUACCUAACACAGAUUCAGUUAUGCUUCCGACGUCAGGCCGAUCUGUUUUACACAAUUCUAGUUCCACAUUCAGCAAAAAUGGGAGAUCAAAUGGUUCUGCACCUGGUUGCACAAAAGCUAACAUCUCCGAAGAAGCCAGCAUACAGACAGCACCUUCAGCCAUUAUUUCAAGAGGACAUGAUAGAAAAGGCAGUGAUAAUUCCUUAAAGCCUCCGCCUCUUCCGAAAAGACCAUCGUUUGCAAAGAAUUCUGCAACGGAUGAUCUUACAACGAAAAAGCCUUUCAAUGCUCUCGAGCCUUCAAGUUUAAAAGAUGUUUCAGUCCCCUCUUCAAUGUCAUUACCUGAUCGGUCGCCACUGAACACGUCUUUCAAACAUUCAACAAAAUCAAAAACAUCGAAAGAGCACAAUACUGCAUCACAGACAUUGCUAGGUCCCCCGACAAAUGACAAGAAAACCAUGGAAACGCAUGAUGAAACUCCUUCAGCGAGCGGAAUUCCACCUCUGCCUGUUAAGAAAAACAAAUACUCAGCCUGGAAAAGAGCCGAUGAACAUGGCCCAUCUUAUGUGUGACAUAUUGCAAGACAAAUUAUAUUACAACAUGACGAAAUAUACAUGUUUACUACUAGAUUGUGACCUAUAUUCAGUGUUAAUUUUGAAACAUAACAUCAUAUGACAAACGUUUUACCAAACUUUGAGUAAUGGCAAGCAGUUUUAAUGACAGUUCAUUCCCGGGAAAAUUAUUGUAACUAGUGUCUUUGACGGGUAUCUUAAAAUAUAACGACUUUGGAGAAGUUACAAAACUGCUUGCAUAUAGUAAUAUAAACAUGUAUUACAUCUGAAUAGAUAGGAUUAGAAUGAAAAACAAUGUCUUAUAGAAUUCUUCUCCCAUGUUUUUACUUGAAGUAUAUCGAGGGUUCAACGCAAUAAGGGCGUAUCUACAUAUAAUAACUAUAUGUAGAUACGCCCGUAUUGCGUUGAACCCUCGAUAUGUCAUUUAAAUUAGGUUGAAUGGGGUCUAUAUUUGUAUCAACCCUGACAUAUAUUUAAAAAUAAAUUUCGCUGAAGAGGAGGAGCAGAAUACAUUUUUUGAAACAGUUAAUUUUUAAAACGUGCAAAUCGUUGGUCAAAGUGUACAGUGAUGCCCAAUUCUUUACACAGACUUGUCACAAAUAGACAGUAUGUGAUUGCUCGUGCAUAUAAGAGCACCGUUUUGCACGAGGUUCGUUUAUAUAACUCCAACAUGCCUCGUGUACCUUUGUCGUAUUAAGUUGUUGUUCUGAUUACUGGUAUUACAUAGAUUUAUUCGAAUAUACCAUAUUCAUGUUUCAGACUUUGUUUUAAACCGUUUUUUGUUUUUCUAGAACAGCGUUAUUUUAAUUGUGACAUUGAAUUUAAAACUCCAUUCGACUGUGUACAUCACUGAUACAAUACAGUUUGUUUUGGUAGCAUGGAAAAUUUGAAAAUACACUGAAGUGUUGGUAUUAUUCUAUUCAAUAAUUUGUCACAAUGGGGAUUAAUAUAAUGCAAAGACAUUAUGAAUGUCUUUCUUUAAUACAAGUGUGAUUUUGUUUACUGAUAACAAACUUGAAUAAGGGAUAGAUUAAAUGAACUAGGUCUAUCAAAAGGCAUUGUUAAAAAGAAGAUAUUUUGCCAAACCAUCCGUUUUCAAAAAGGGUAUAACUAACUGUUUAAACAGAUUGUAUCGUGUCUUUCAGAUAACAAAAAUGUUAAGAUCCAUAUGAAACAAUGAAGAAAUAUUACAGAAAUUAAACGAAACCGUGGAAUGCAACCCAUCAUACGAUUUAACGUUUUGAAUAAAUAGCGUGACUAACCAUGUUUUUAAGAGAAUGCGUUAUGUUGAAUUAAUGCCUUUAAUUUUUUGGACUAGAUAUACAUCAACAUUCAAAGAACAGUACAAUAACUAUAGUAUAAUCGUACUGUCGUAAAUUAAUAAAUGGCUAGCCCUUAUCAACAAUGUAUUUUAAAUUUUACACAAAAUCAUAUACAACCUGUUACGAAAUUGAUUUUUGUUUGUUUGUUUUGGGUUUAACGCCGUUUUUCAACAGUAUUUCAGUCAUGUAACGGCGGGCAGUUAACCUAACCAGUGUUCCUGGAUUCUGUACCAGUAACUGCCAACUUCCCCACAUGAAUUAUCAGAGUGUUACGAAAUUGAGCUCAGUACUGGGAAACAACGACAGAAGUCAGAAACACUGGCAGCCAGAAAGGUAUUUCGGUAACUGUGUAGAUUCAAUUAAUGCUGUAAUAAACAUAUAAUUACAAAAUCGUCGGAGCUGGAAAAGGAAAAAAUGAUCCGUGCCGGCUGAAACGUUUGAACAGGUGAAUAUAACUAAUAUAGGAACUUUUUGACUUUGCAAGUGAAAAAGGUGAUAAUGUGUGAUAAGGGUAUAUAAACGCCUUAUCGUUAUAUAGGCGGCUAUUGGAGAGGAUUGGCUGGAUUGUUUGAUACUUCAAAAUAUUAUAAUAUUUUGAGUUAUUAAGUUAAAAUACAGUGUGUAUCAGAGUUAUUUAGAGAAAUACACCUGUUCACUAAACUGUC